AUGCCAGGCUCGGCAGCCCCCUUCGAUUUACGUCCAGGAAGCACGGCCUCUACGCACGGUCCAUACUCCGUCCCACCACAGCAACAACAGCCGUCUGUUCCGCAACAUGCCGCGCCCGUAACCCACUUCCGUCCCGGUCACGGCCCCAGUCCCGGUCCUUCGAUUGACAUGGCCGGCAUCGAGACCUCAGAGCCGGUCUUCCAUCACGAUGUAGAAGGUCACGAGCAUGAACAGCAUCAACAGCAACAACACUCUAUCGGGCACAUGGUUCAGCCAUCUCAAGCACAACCACAGGUUCACGGUCACGGGCACAGCCACACCCAAUCUCUGUCAACACCGAUCCAACACGGCCAGUUUGGUAUUUUGACCCCCGGCCCUGCGAUUCCAGAUGCAGUUACAGCAGGAACAGCGGAGUCACUUAUUGGUCCCGGUGGUUGUAUCCCCAUUGACGGCACCACCGCCCCUGGCUGGAGGCCACAUGGCAGUCUGCUCAGUAGCAAAUGGGUCGUCGAUCCUCCAAACUUGCAGGAGUGGCGACAAAAACUUUUUGAUGCUGAUGGUCUCAUUAUUCUCAGCAAUGAACAGUUCGAGGCUUAUUUCCCACAUGUAGACAAUGUUUACUCCCAUAGGUCAACACAGACUUACAAAAAGAAACCUUUCAUAUCCCACUACUGGGACUGCCGGCUCAAAGGUCGACCACCAGGGACGAAGAAAUCGGAUGACCCGAAUAAGAAGAGGCGAAAUCGCGUCUCCCGCAAACUGAACCUAUGUGAUGUCAAGAUUAAGAUUACCGAGUAUUUUCCUGGAGCAACACUUCACGACCUAGACGAUGGCACAUAUGUGCCAUUGAACGGUGGGCAAGCGCUAAACGGCGCGCACACUGUUCUUGCUCCUCCUGGAGAAAAGCAACUCCGCAUCCUUCCAGCAACGGUGAACAACCUGCCUACUCCAGGCCAGAAGUUCUGGACUAUACAAAGAGUGAAUGGUCACAUCAGUAUUAGCGGCAUACCUGGUCCACACAAACAUACUCUCGCAAAGAGUGACGAGGUCAAGAAAAACAGUAUUCAGCGGUAUCUUGCUAAGCAAAACCAUGAAACAUUGUCCAAGAAUGAUGGUUCUAAGAAGGCAACGGGACGGGCAAAUUGGACAAUCAAAAAGCACGAAAAGGAGAGCGACAUGAAACUUUAUGCGGCAUACUACUGUCCCUUUUCCCAACGCGUCUGGAUUGCACUGGAGGCAAAAGGGAUGCCAUACCAGUACUGCGAGGAAGACCCGUACAAGACACCGGCGUCCCAACAGUUACUUGAAGCCAAUCCCAGAGGGACAGUACCUGCUAUACGUCAAGGGGACUGGGCGUGUGCUGAGAGCGCAGUCAUCCUAGAAUACCUCGAGGAAAUGAACAAGAACAUCCCGCUUUUCCCAACGGACUCGCGUCUUCGCGCAAAUUGCCGACUGUGGAUUGAUCAUAUUAAUUCGCGCCUGGUCCCUGCUUUCUAUCGCCUCCUUGGCAACUCCGAUCCGACACAACAAGCUGGACAUAUCGAGAAACUCCAAGAGUCAAUCAAGGACUUGGUCCUCGCUGCCGAUGAACAAGGCCCUUUUUUUCUUGGUAGUAGUAUGUCUCUGGUCGACGUCCACUUUGCGCCAUUCGCCCUCCGGCUAUCUCGUAUAUUGCAGCCUCGCUGCGGAUGGACUGCUCCAGCGCCAGGGUUACGUUGGGCAAAAUGGCUCGAUGCGCUUGAAAAUAACACGCACAUCAAGGCUACGAUGAGUGGUAAGGAUGUGUAUACUGAGACCAUCAGUCAAUUACAAAUUGCUCUAGACCCGGACAGUUCAUAG